UUUAGUGCAACGGUCACAAAACGCUGUGGUUUUGAAAUUGAAUUCGGAGUUUGGCAAUUUGGGGAUUUGGUAAUAUAGCCGUUACCAUACUCAUUGCAAUCCAUAAUCGUCUUCAUCAUUAUCAAAAAAUAAGAAAUCAAGAUCCUCAAAGAAUCCGCCAUUACUGCUCCGAGAUCAUUACCAAUUUUCACCGACCCUUUUGCUCAUUUUCUCUGAAAUUCCCGUUUUAUGCACAAAAAUAAUACACCUGAAAUCUGAUUCUUGAUUAUGGCGGUUCCCUCCAAUAGAUCUCCUUCCCCACUCGCGUCCAGACGAAUGUGCCAAUCAAGAAUUUCAACAGAGUCUAAUUCUGCGGCCAGGAGAAGUUUCAGUGGAAACGGUUUUAUCAGACCUUCAGCUCUCGCUAAUCCCAGAAAUCUUAACCCAAUUACUCCGGCGAACAGCCCUGCAGGGAUUGUUAGGAGAAACUCUCUGAGUAAUUUACAGGGUUGUGAAGAAAAGGAGAACGAUAAAGAUCAAAACUUGAAGCCAGUGGACACGGCGGCGAAGUCAUCGGGAACUGGGUCUAAGAACUUCAUGGCUCCGACUAUCUCUGCCGCCUCAAAAUUCACUCCUUCGCCGCGCAAGAAGGUCUUAGUUGAGAGAAACGACCCCGUUCGGACUUCAAUUUCUUUGUCCGAAGGAAAAGCCACUUUCUUUUCUUCAAUUUCUUCAGAAUCUUUGGGAGAUUUGGAACGGAAAGACGGUGAAUGUGGGGGUAAUAUGGAGUCAUCAAUCAGAAAUCCAGACCAGAAAGAUGCCGUUCUUGAAGUCCCUCGAGUUUCCAAAUCGUCUAAAAGGGUGACUUUCUUGGAAAGCUCUUCUGGUUCAGAUGUUUUUACAGGGUUUAAGCUAGAAACAGCCACAGUUUCUUCUACUGAUUGUGCUGAUGUUGAUUCAGCUUCUAAGAGCACCAUUUCUUGUUUCUCUGCAUCACCUGUUAUAGCGCCUCUUGAUGCUGAUCCAUCUCUUCCCCCUUAUGAUCCUAAAACAAAUUUCCUUUCUCCUAGGCCUCAGUUCCUUCACUAUAGACCUAACCCUAGAAUUGAAGUUCUUCUGAACAAAGAAAAGGAGCUUGAGUUUGGGAAACCUAAGAGGCUUGAAGACAAUUUUAUGCUUGACCUUUUGUCUGAAAGCUUCUCAGACUCGGAGGGAACCGGAGAAUCAAAUUCUGAGGAUUCUCAAAAGGGUUCUGAGGAUUCAUCUUCGUCAGAGAACUUAAUUCCAGAAGCAACAGAAGACGAGCUUCCUGUUUCCGAGUCAGUUGACGCUUCCAUUCAUGUUCUUUCUGAAAGCGUUGUUGAAGGAAAAGGGGAUGACGAGAUCUCUAGCAUCCCAAUUAGCCAUGGAAUUUCUGAGGAACAUCUUGAACAAGAAAAGGAAGAUGAUGCAGUAGUUCACAUUGGCAGGCCAAAAUCAGGUUCCUUCAGAGUGUUGAAGUAUGUUUCUCUCCUGCUGGUUUUAUUAGUUACCUGUGUCUCAAUCGGUGUUAUUAUUACUCCUUCCAUGGAUACAUUGGGUAUAGAGUCUUUGAAGUCUUCCAAGUUCCCAGAUACAUCAGAAAUUGGUCUUUUGGCAAAGGAAAAUCUUAACCAUCUAGGUUCCAGGUUUCAAAAGUAUACACUGGACUCCAUAUCACACUUUUCUUUGCUGAUUUACAAAUUUGGGGGAGGGGAUAAUUUUGACCAUAUUCAGUUCAUUAACCUGACUAGCAUUGAAGACAAUGCCGUUUGCCUAGAGGAUCUGCAACGGAAUCUACCACUAAUAGAGGACCUUAAGGAGGAGGUUACGGAAGAAGAAGAAGAAGAAGAAGAAAUGGAAGCCGAGUACGUUGAGGAGCCAACUCAUCAAGACAUGGUUUCUGAUGACAGUUUUGAAUGUGAUUUAGAUGAUGCUAGUGACUUGGUGGGGAACGAAGAAUUGGUAACUGCUCCUGUAAGCCUACCCCAUGCAUCUCUCUCGCAAAGCUCAGAAACUCUUUGUGGUGUGGAGGAAUCUUCUUCAUAUGUUGUCACUGAGAUGAAAGCUCAGGAAGGAGAUUCUGAAAAUGAGGAGGUGGUUCUACUCCCAUUAACUUCUGCUGUGAUAGUGUCUGAAACUUCUGAUCCUGAAAGGACAGAAACAGAUGCCGUUGAAGCUGAUUUGAGUCACAGCUCUAUGACUGAACUGGAGUCCUCCCCAACAGAAACUACUGCUCCUUCAAUCCUAGAGGAUGUAGCUUUUGAAAUAUUUCGAGGUUUGAGUUUGCAAACUCUGGGAUCACUAUCUGUUAUUGGGGUUGCACUUCUAGUUUCUAUUCUAGUUGCUGCAGCAUUUAUGUCUUGGAAGAAGAAUACAUCCGGCAAUCAAAAUGUUGUUGGUGGGAGUAUGAAACAGGCUGAGAAGAUGUUUCAAUAUAGGGCAGUCCAUCAGACUUUUACCUCAGAUGUUGAUGUGGGAGAGGAGCCCUGUUCAUCAGAAAUGAGCAGUUACCGAACAAGGAACUCAGCUUCCUCCAGGAAAGAUCGUGUAGUAGCGAAUGAAGUCCAAAGCGAACAUUGGAAUUCAAGGAAGUACACUUCUAAGAGGGAGUCAUUGGCAUCUUCCUCAGAAUUUUCCACUGAUGUUUCAGCUUCCUAUGGUAGCUUCACCACGUACGAGAAAAUUCCCAUGAAGCAUGUGAGUUAUAUUCAACAGUGCCCUAAUUUAUACAUAAGUGGAUUCAACUGCUCCUUAUAAUGCAUAAUUUCCUUAUUUUUGGUUUGGUUGUUUUUGCAGGGAAGUGGAGACGAUGAGAUCAUUACCCCUGUCCGGCGAUCAAGCAGAAUCAACAGAAAGCAAGUCACUUCUCCGUGACUGAACUUGCACAUCAUCAGUCUGUCUUGUCCCAGGCAAAGCUAAUGCACUUCUUAGUUAGGAACUGAUCAUCUGUUAAUUUGGUGUGUGUUUAGAUUGGUGAAAUGCUAUUCACUUCUUAUUAGUGGGGAACUGAAACUUGUCACUUGGUAUUCCGAUGUAAUUUCUCAGGUUUUCUGGCUUGGCUGUAGUGAAAGCCGAGGUCUACUUGUACUGUUGCUUAGUUGCUUUCUUAGUGGCAACAUUUAUUCUAACUUUUUCGCCUUCCAUUCUAUAGCAGUUGUCUAUUCUUUCUCUUUUCUAUCUGCUGAUUUGUGCUCUUUACCCUUUCUGAUGUCCCGAGGUCCUGCAAAUGUAGCAUUAGCAAGUUGAGAAUGGGAGGCAAAGUUAAGUUUAGGGUGGACUCUCAGUGUCUGUUCCUGGUUGUAUUACGAAUUUUCGAAUUGAAAAUUCU